UAUGUUGUUCGCAAUUUAUUGUUGGUCUUCUUAUUUUACUUGUUGUUUUUAUUUUAUUUUUAAGUUGUUAUGUAGUUUUUUUUUAGUUGUUGAAGUCUUUCACAAAAAAUAACUUCACUUUUUUUCCAUUUUCUUUUUCCUUUAUUUUCUGUAUCAAGAAUUUUGUUGAUUUCAAUGACGGCCGUACUCAAAUAGAUGUUGAGGCUACUGUUCAGUCCGGUGUAAAAGCAGUUGAGAUUAUGGUAAUGUUGCUUUUGUGUUGUUUUUUGGUUGUGUAAAGGUUGUUAUUUUUUAACCAUGCUCUAAUUCCUUUUUAAUACCAUAUAUAAACAGAUGUCUUCAGAUGGAAUUGGUGGUGAUCCUUGUAAACAGAUUUCAGUUUCUGAAAAUGUUGAGGUUACGGAUCGUCGUCUUGUUUGUUUUGAGGUAUAUUUUUUUUUUUUGGUUGUUUUUUAGUUUCUUCAUACUUUUUGUGUUUAACACUGUCUAUUUUCUUUCAUUUUUGUGGAAAAAAUAUAUUAGAUGGGUGCAACAGGUCUCAAUGUUGAUUCUAACAUUGAACUUGAAGAUGACCCAAUUCCCGUUGAAGAAACUCCUCUUGUUGACAAGAGGAAAUCUAAGAAACCCAUAGCGCUGACGUCUCCGUUUAUGGAGUAUGACUCUUCCAUUUCUAGUUCUAAAGAUGGUUCUGGUUAUGGAGUUUUUAAGUAUGUGGCUGGGUUGUGUCCUCUCGAUGAUAAGAUUGGUGAAGAUGUAGAACAUAAAGACGAGAUUGAUUUUGACUUGUGGCUUGGUGAAGGACGUCGAUCGAAGAAAGAUCCGUAAGUGUUUAUUUUCAGCAUUUUUGUUGUGUUUUUGUAUUUUUUGUUUUUUACUUUACUAUUUAUGUUUCAUUUUUUUUUUUAAAUGUUAGGCAUGACAAGGAGAAGGUUUACUUGAAGUGUAAGGAUAAGAUUGUUCCCCCUUUUCGUUUUGGCGUGGAAGAUGUUGCAACCAAGAUGUGGUUCCACAAGCUUGCAUAUCCUGGCCAAUGUUUGACUAUUUCUGUAAGUUAAUUUAUUUUUUCUUUUGAUUUUUUUCAAAAAUUUCAGUCUAUAGUUUUCUUCAUGUUGUUUGUUGGUUGUUUUUUAGUUGUUGAAAUAUAAUUCAUUUUCUGAUUUUCGAACAUUUCUCAUUUUUAAUUAUUUAGCAUCUGGACAUCAUUUUUUACUAUCUACGUAAAAAAGGAAAGUAUGCAAAGGAGCCAAAGGUUAAGUUCACAACCACCGAUUGCUUAUUCUUCAAAACCAUUCAUGCUUUGUAUGAAAAAUUUAUUGCACAGAAAAAAAAAUCUUUCUUUGAUAACUGCCCAGCAUGCCAUUGCUGAUUAUAUAAGAGGUAGAAAAAUGUUAUGUGGUUCCCCUUGGCAUUUGUGCGAUCAUGUUUUCUUUAUCAUCCAUAUGGAGACUGAAUCACAUUGGAUUCUUGGUCGAUUGAAUAUUGAGGAAAGGCGUAUGUACAUGUACAACUCCUUGUCGACUGCUAUGAAAGAUAGUGCUGCUAUCAAAGCUUGUCAGCCAUUUGCGGUGUUGUUGCCCCACUUUUUUGCUUUGUUUGAUGAGUUCAAAAAGGAAAACAAACCGAUUUGUUUAGACCCUUUCAAAGUUGUUAAGGUUGAUGGUUUGCCUCAACAAACCUCGAAUGACUGUGGUUGUUUCGUUGCAUCGUUCGCCGAAUACUUUAUUGAUAUGAAACCGAUUCCUCCCAUAUUUGAUGUUGAGAAACACCGUGAUAGGCUUGCUGUGUUGUUCUAUAAGUAUGCUCGCAUGAAAGAAGUGGAUUUUAUUGAUAGUGAAGAUGAGGCUCCUCCAAAGGGUCCAAAGAAGAAUUUGUCUUAGUUAUCUAUUGGUUGUUGUUGGAAAUACUACUUUUUUUUAUCUAGCUUUUGUUUUUUCUAUUACCAGAUUAUGUUCAUAAUCAUAGACAAGUUGUUGUUUCUAUCAUGUUUUUUUCUUAAUUGGAAUUGGUUUUUAAUUUGUUCA